AUGCCGUCGUCGUCGCGAGCCACUGCACGCACUUCGGGCACCGUCAGCGACGAGGACAUACUAGCACUUAUCAACUCCGGGCAGUCCCUCUCGGACCUCGUCAAGGAGCUGAUCUCGCUGCGAAGAUGGAAAGCCGAGCAGCUACAGAAGCAGGCCACUGAAGCAAAGCGUGUGGAUGUGCUCCUCAACCGCCUUUGUGACGACUGUAGAGGCACUGCCGCCCGCUGGUUCAAUGGACGGGCAGGGCCCACGGACGAACUCCCUGUUGAACUCCUGCACGCCGUCUUCCAGUACGCGUCGCCCCCGUCCCAGCUUGUCGACCCCAUCCCGACCCGAGGCUCGCACACGCUCUGGACUCACGUCAUGCACUGGAAGUUCAACUUCCUCCGAGUCUGCAAGCACUGGCAUCGCGUCGCGCUCGUCUCGAUGUACGAAGACGUCGCCCUGCGCUCCGCACGCCAGGUCUACGCUUUCGCCGCCGCCCUGCGUGGCAACCCCGCUCUCGGCCCGCUCGUCAAGCUCCUCCUCAUCGACUGCCCCGUCGUGCUUGAGAUCCGAGAGCUCGUCGUCCGCGACCUCGUCUACAUCGUCACCCAAUGCGCCGGCCUCCGCACCCUCAUCUUCACCGACAGCCUCUUCACGAUGGAGGACGAGCUCCGGCGCGUCGCCCUCUACCCGUUCCACAACCGCCUCGCCGUCGCCGUCUCCCACCUCUCCGACACCCUCACCCGCUUCGAGCAGUGGCCCCAGGGCGGCACCCCGCACUUCACCGCCCCGCUCCACGUCCUCGCCCCCUUCGCCCACCUCCGCACGCUCGCGAUCAACGUCGACCACCCCGCCGGCCGCGAGCCCCUCUCCCUGCCCUCGCUCGUCGAGCUCGACCUCUCCAAGGCGUACGACACCGACGGCACGCCCGAAGCGCCCCCGCCCCCGCCCGCACCGCGCUUCGACCGCUGGGCGCUCCCGCGCCUCACCGCGCUCGUCCUCCCGCUCGUCACGCGCGUUCAGGCGGGCGUGCUCCGCGCGCACGGCGCCACGCUCACCUACCUCGAGUUCCGCGACCACAUGGAGAUGGGCCUCCGCGACGCCGACGACGACGACGACGGCACGGGCGGCCCCCCCGCGCCCCACCUCGCCCUCCUCCACCUCUGCCCCCGCCUCCGCCACCUCGUCUUCGAGGGCCGCGAGAACGACGUCUCGGACGCGGACCGCCUCCCGCCCCACCCGACCCUCGCCUUCGUCGACGUCUGGACGGCGUGGGGGGUGUACCGGAGCGACCUCGACGCGCUGUUCCCGGACGCGCGCGUGCGGCGGGCGUCCGCCGCGACGCUGGCGGACUCGGACUCGGACAGCAACUUUACGCUGAGCUCGAGUGACUACGACACGUCCUCGACCGAGGACGCGGGACGUGGUGGGACUCGGACGACGCGGACGACGUCCUCCUGGAGACCAUGGCGCGCUCUGUGCGCUCGGGACGGUCGCGGGCUUGAAGCGGGCCUUGUGUAA